CUUCAAGAACUACCACACAUCUCUUUGCCAUGGAGAACACCGGAGCAAGUAGCGGGUUCCAGAAGAAUUCUAACCCAAACACAAAGGGAGGAGAUGGAGAAUGAAAACCCAGAUUUCUGCUGAGGUAACUCCAUCUGUGGAGGGCCAAUCGUUCCUGGAUGCUUCGGAAAUUGAGGCUGAGUCUACCCACGAGACAAUGGGAACAGAAGAUGCUACCUCAAUGAAGCCUCUGCAGGAAAUGGUUGAGUCUUGCCAUGAGGUAAUGGAAACAGACGCUGCUGCUGCUUCUAUGAAACCUCUGCAGGCUGAGUCUACCCACGAGACAAUGGGAAUAGAAGAUGCUGCCUCAAUGAAGCCUCUGCAGGAAAUGGUUGUUUCUCCCCCGAAGGAAUUGGGAGAAGAGGCUGAAAUUACUGAUGGCAUUGUGUAUGGAAAGAGAGUGAAAAAGAAGUCAUCCAGUUUGAAGUCUCCUUAUACAGCGGACGGGAGGAAGAAAAAGAAAGCCGAUGAGCUCUUAUCUAAGCCGCCAACUAAAGCAGAUCUUUUGGAAUUUAAGAGCUUCAUCGUAAAAGCAAUUAAAGAUGACCGCCCUGUACAAUGCUACCUCGCCCAGUACAAGGAGAUUCAGGAUUUUGUGAAAACGUUCUGGACUGACCUUAUCACUCCAGGUUUUUGGGUAGCGGAUACUCAUCUGAGUGAGUACCUUUACGUCCUGAGAAGACGUUUAUGCAAUGACGAUGGAGACUCAUGCAUUGCGCCUUUUGAAUUCAACAAUUAUGUGAACUCUUAUGCGCAUGACCCAGAAUGGCCUGUUUUGUCUGGAUCCCUUGAAAAGAUUGUGGAUGGUACAUACAGCGAGGGGCCGGAAGCAUUUAAAACCAAAUCCUGGAAAAAGAACACUAAGAAAACGGAGCGGUUGCGGAUUUAUAGCCUGACGUCGCCCCUAACAGGAUCAGACAGCUGUCGUUUGAUCUCUCUAGUUUCACCAAGUUCCAUUUCUACCCUGAAAAGACAUGUGCCCAAAACGCCUUCGUCCGCUCCUAUUUUGCCUUCCUAGACCAGAAAUCUGCAACCGCUCCCUCUUCCCGCGCAUGCAAAACAAACAAGAGUACUUUGACAUCUUCAAGGGUUAUUCGGUCAUAAUUAUUUUUGUACAUAUCUUAAAUUUUAUAUCAUCUUUAAAAAUGUUAAUUUCUAACGCAUUUCAAUCUUAAAUUUUCAUGAAUACUCUAAUUAGUAUUCAAACCCGAAAUUGACCGUAACUGACCUGACCGAAUCUUAAACCGAAUUCGAACCGAAAAAAUAAAUAUCCGAAACCGACCCGCCAAAAUCGAACCCGACCUAAGUUAGGUCGGGUUUCAAUAUACUCAAACCCGACCGAACCCGACCCGUUGUCAUCCCUAAUGAAGAUACUGUAAUUUA